AUGUCUGGGCUCGAGAAGGCUCUCUUCAACCUCAAGUUCACUACAAAACAACUGAACCGGCAAGCCGCAAAGGCCGGUAAAGAUGAGCUGGCAGAGAAGGCGAAACUAGAGAAGGCCAUGAAGGCAGGCCACAACGACAUCGCGCGCAUAUACGCUCAGAAUGCCAUUCGGAAGCAGAACGAGAAACUCAACUUGUUGCGGUUAGCCUCACGUAUCGAUGCUGUCAGCAGCAGAGUGCAGACGGCGGUAACAAUGCGCCAAGUCACCGGUAGCAUGGCAAAUGUGGUGCGGGGAAUGGAUUCUGCGAUGAAGUCUAUGGACCUGGAAAAGAUAUCUGCCGUUAUGGACAAAUUCGAGAGUCAGUUUGAAGAUCUCGAUGUCGCCACAGGAUACUACGAGAAUGCUACUUCUUCCGCGACGGCGGUGGGUACGCCGCAGGAGGAUGUGGACCGGCUCAUGGCGCAGGCAGCGGACAAGGCUGGCGUGGAACUUCAAGAGGACCUGCAAGCGGCAACGCCGGCGAAGACGAAGGUUGGCCCGACUGAGCAGGAGGAGGAAGGGUUGAACGAAAGACUGCGCGCCUUGAGGAAUUAG